AUGGUGUACACCAUAACCGUCCAUCUACGGGCCAAAUGUUCCGAGCCCUCAGUCAUCGAAAAACUAAAGAACAAACUCAUCGAGGCCUCGCGUGUAUACUCCAAGGACAAGGAGACUCUCUCUUGGUUCGUCAUGCAGUCUGUCCACGAUCCUCGGGAUUUUACCAUUGUGGAACGCUACGAAAAAGAAUCAUCUCAGAAGUAUCAUUUGGAGAAUCCAUAUUGGAAGACAUUCGAUCCAUAUGUCAAGCCUCUGUUGGAGGGAGAAAUGAAUCUGCGAAGAUUUGAGGAAUUGGACACGAGCAAGGAUGUUGUAGUGGAAUGA